AUGCCAGUUGACCCUGAAAAGAUUGCCAAGUUGCAAAAGUCUGCCGCUAAGAAGGUUGGUGGUACCAGAAUUAAGGCCAAGAAGAUUGUUAAGGGAGAACCAGACGAUGUUAAGUUGGUUGAAACCUUAGGUAAGUUGGGAUCCAAGAAGAUUGACAAUAUUGAAGAAGCCAACUUCUUCAGAGACGAUGGUAAGGUCUUGCACUUUGCGCGUGUUGGUGUUCAAGGAGCUCCAGAUUCCAAUGUUUUUGGAUUCAAUGGUUUACCUCAAGUUAAGGAUGUUACUCAAUUGAUUCCUCAAAUCUUGCCUCAAUUAGGUGCUGAAAACUUGAACAUUUUGAGAAAGUUGGCUGAACAAAUUCAAGCUGGUAAGACUCCUGAAGAAUUGGCUGCUGCUGGCGGUGUUAACGAAGAUGAUGACAUUCCUGACUUGGUUGAAGGACAAAAAUUCGAUGAAGUUGAGUAA